AUGCUACCCCCAGCGCCGCGCCUGCUUCAACUAGAAGCCCACUUCAUGCCCUACCAAUCAGAUUCGAAGGUGCCGACAAACGGUACUUUCGUUAAGGCUUGUGGACCACUCUCCAAGCAAGUAUAUGACGCCAACACCGGGUUGCUCACAUUCACACUUUACUUCACUGUCAAUUUACCUAUGGUAUCCCCGCGAGCGACAAAGGAGAAACUUUGGGAGGUGCUCAAGAGGAUGGGCGUUUUUGACGGCUGGUAUUACUAUCGAAUCUUCGUCGUUGACGACCGUCUCGUGUCACAUGAACAGUUUCUCUUGUGA